AUGCUCAAUAAAAUCUGUAUAUAUAAUUUAAAUUUAAGCAUCUAUAAAUUCGGAUUGUUGCCUCCAUUUUUCACGCUUCAAACAAUCGGGUUGAGCUUUGAGGAAAAAUGGCGCAAACGGUUGAGAAAGUGGAGAGAAAUGGUGCAGUGGAGAAGGAAGGCGGCGGGGAGAAGAAAACGGCAGGAGGUGGCGGGAAAAAGGAGGAGGAGGAACCGAAUACCGUCGUGUUGAGGAUGGACUUGCAUUGCGAAGGCUGUGCGAAGAAAGUUACGCGAUCCAUCAGCCAGUUAGAGGGUGUAGUGAAAGUGAAGGCUGACUGUGUUGGCAAGAAAUUAACUGUGGUGGGGAAUGUGGACCCUUUUUGGCUCCGGGAGAGAGUUGAGAGCAAGACCAGGAAGAAGGUGGAGCUCAUCUCCUGUCCACAGCCAAAAAAGACCGGCGGAGGCGACGAGAAGGAAACUAAAGAGAAAACAGAGGAGGAUGAGAAGGGUACCAAUGGUGAUCAGAAAUUACCCAAGGAGGCUGUGGUGCUGAAAAUCAAACUGCACUGUGGUGGAUGCGCACAUAAGAUAAAAAGGGUCAUAUUGAAGAACAUUGAUGGGGUUAACUCAGUUACAACGGAUUUGCGAAAGGAUUUGGUCACCGUGAUUGGAACAAUGGACACGAAACAAAUUGCACCGUACUUGAAAGAGAAGCUCAAAAGAGGCGUAGAAAUUGUUCCUCCUCCCAAUAAAAUCGAAAAUAAUGGAGACAAGAAAAAAGAGAAAGAAGGCGACAAUGUUGUUGAAGAAACGAAAGCUAAAAAUGGAGGAGAAGGAGAGAAAAAGGAAAACAAAAUCGAGGAAGGUGAUAGUAAGAAAAAAGAGGAGAGCAAUGAAGACAAAAAAGAAGGCGUAGAGGGAAUCAAAAGUGGCGAAGAGGGACCAAUGGUUGGAGUGAACAUGAACAAGACGGAGUACCAUACUUAUAAUCCACAAACAUACUACGCGAUUCCUGCCGUGGACAAUCAAGGUUUUGUUAGCCAAGACGACUACGGCUUAUCUUCCUAUCAUCAUCAUCAUCAUCAUCAAAGCUAUUCGGUGCAAGGGCCACCUCCCCCGCCACCGCCAACAUAUUUGAAUUCGUACGAUCAAAUGUUUGGCGGCGACGAAAAUGAGAACUCUGCUGGAUGCUCUGUGAUGUAGCCAUGGAUGUAUCCAAGCUUUGGUGAGGCUGAGUUUUCAUAUUUAUAACUGUAUAUUUGUAUGUAUUCGUGCAUGUAUGUCGACCUAUAUAUAUAGUUUGAGAAUAACAAGUUUCAAUUUGUUUUGGUA